AUGGCGAGAUCUUCGUGGCUGUCGUCUUUGACGAAUCAUGGAUCCAACCCACCGUUCAUGCUCAAAGUCAGAAGCUCGGAUGCGUUCAUCAUCGGGACUGUUUCCUUGGCUGUCUUCACAGACAUGUUCCUGUAUGGCGUCAUUGUGCCUGUCAUACCCUUCGCAAUAGGUACGCGUAGCCAUGUUGAAGAUGAUCAAGUCCAGUACUGGGUCUCAGUACUCGUCGCCGUAUAUGGUGCUGCACUUCUUGCAUUCUCGCCAAUAUGCGGGUGGCUUGCAGACCGCGGCUCGUCGCGCCGGUUCCCACUUCUUCUAGGCUUGUUCGUCCUCCUCGGAGCUACGAUCUUGCUCAACUUUGGCAAGUCAACUGGCGUUCUGAUUGUUGGAAGGAUCCUCCAGGGAGCCUCGGCAGCUGUGGUAUGGGUCGUUGGCCUUGCCUUGUUGGCUGAUACAGUACCUCAGGAGCGACUCGCGACAGCCACUGGGUGGUUGACUAUAGGGGUGUCUCUUGGCAUGCUUAUAUCUCCUCUACUCGGUGGCGUGGUCUACGACAAAGCUGGCUACAAUGCUGUUUUUGGCAUGUGCUAUGCAUUGGUUGGCUUGGACGUGAUCCUCCGAUUGUUGCUUGUGGAGAAGAAGGUGGCAGCGAGAUGGGAUCCAGAGGCUAUGGGCCGCCCGCCUGUCGACGAAAACGUAUACUUGGAGAAAACAGUGACACCGGCCAAUACUCCUGGAACCCCAAGCUUCAACCCAGAUGCUACCAAAACGAUAGCCCAGCAAGAAACGGUGUCCGUCGAAGCGCAACAACACAGUCCGCCUCAUCAACGUAUACGCGAUCGUCUUCCUCCAGUUCUUUCACUUUUGUAUUCACGACGCCUACUUGCCUCGCUGUUCUGUGCACUCAUUCAAGCAAUGUUGUUGACAGCCUUCGACUCUGUUCUCACCAUUCAUGCCGCCAACACAUUCAACUGGAAUUCAACAGGUGCUGCACUUUUGUUCCUCCCAAUUGUCAUACCAAGCUUACUCUCGCCAUUGUGGGGUUGGUUGAGCGACACAUAUGGUGGGCGCUAUCUGGUCGUCGUGGGCUUCUUGUGCGGCUGCCCUCCUCUCAUCUGCCUCCGCUUCGUGGAUGAGAAUACCAUGAAAGACAAGGUGUUGAUAUGCGCGUUAUUAGCAGUUACUGGGUUCUUCGUGGGCAUGACCUUCGCGCCGGUUAUGGCCGAGAUAUCGGCUGUCGCUGAGGCGAAGGAAAAGAAGAUGCUCGUAAAUGGACGCCCAGGAUUCGGAAAAGGUGGCGCAUUUGCGCAGGCUUACGCAUUGUACAACGUUGCUUUCGCUGGAGGCUGUAUGGUGGGGCCUUUGCUGGCCGGAUUUCUCGUCGAAGACAGCGGUUGGGGCACGAUGGCAGCAGUGUUGGGAGCGCUGUCCGCAGUCACUGCAGUGCCAGGCUUUCUAUGGCUGGGAGGAUGGGUGUUAGAGAAGAAGUGA